AUGCCGAACUUGGAGGCAUACCGCAUCGCUCUUCGUGACCCCUUCCUGUCGGCCCAACAGCGCAUCGAGCUGGAGUCACAACUCCGCAUAGCCAUUCUGCAGCAUCAUCCUGACUACACUUGCCCGUCUUGCCGCGCGGUGGUAAAAGAACGGCCUAUCGAGGUGUACGCCAUCAAGUCUGUCGUGCGAUCCGCUGCUGGCGCAGCUGGGGAGACCAGUCUGACCAAAUAUGCCCCAUCAAAUGCGAGGAAUCAUGGUGGUCACAGGCUGGACAAUCCAUGGGACGGAUUCUUUCCUUGA